CACUUCUGUUAUUGAUUCAGUGCUGUCAGUGCCUACAGUAGUUCACUGUUUGUCUCUCACACGGCAUCUCACCUCACUUCCUCAGCAAUGGGUCUUCACCACAAAGAGUUCGAGAAGGCUGGUAAGUCUGCGGGUCUCCAGAUAUGGAGAAUCGAAAAGAUGGAACUGGUUCCUGUGCCCAACAACUUACACGGGAGCUUCUAUGUUGGAGAUGCAUAUCUGGUGCUUCACACUGUCAAACAGAACAACUCCUGUUUUUAUGACCUGCAUUACUGGCUGGGUAAGGAGUGCACACAGGAUGAAAGCACAGCAGCCGUUAUCUUUACAGUUCAGCUGGAUGACUACCUGGGAGGAAAACCAGUCCAGUAUCGGGAACUUCAGGGUGUUGAGUCUACCAGCUUCACCAGCUACUUCAAAGGAGGCAUUACCUAUAAGAAAGGAGGUGUGGCAUCAGGAUUUCAGCAUGUGGUCACCAAUGAUCUCACAGCCCAGCGACUCUUCCACAUUAAGGGCAGACGCGCUGUCAGGGCCACCGAAGUUCCUCUCUCCUGGGCGAGCUUCAAUAAGGGCGACUGCUUCAUAGUGGAUCUUGGCGCUGAAAUCUACCAAUGGUGUGGGUCAAUGUGCAAUAAGUUUGAGCGAGUCAAAGCUGCACAGGUGGCCACUGGCAUCAGGGACAACGAGAGGAACGGGAGAGCCCAGGUUGUGGUUGUAGAAGAAGGUCAAGAGCCUCAUCAGAUGAUCAAGGUUCUUGGUGAGAAGCCCAACCUCCCUGAAAGUGAUGAUAAUGAUGAUGUGGUAGCAGACAUGUCGAACAGGAAACUGGCCAAACUUUACAUGGUAUCUGAUGCCACUGGGAAAAUGCAAGUGUCGCUUGUGUCAGAGGAGAAUCCAUUUAACCAGACCGACUUGCUUUCGGACGAAUGCUUUAUUCUAGACCACGGAAAAAACAAGAAAAUCUUUGUGUGGAAAGGCCGCAAUGCAAAUCCCAGCGAGAGGAAAGAGGCCAUGAAAACAGCAGAGGGCUUCAUCAAACAGAUGGGCUAUCCAGCAAACACCCAGAUCCAGGUGCUUCCAGAUGGUGGAGAAACGCCCAUGUUUAAGCAGUUCUUCAAAAGCUGGAAAGAGAAGGACCAGACCGAGGGUCUCGGCAGAGUUUACGUCACCGAGCGGAUCGCCAAGAUUCAGCAAGUCCAGUUUGAUGCUUCAAAGCUCCAUGAGUCUAAUCAGAUGGCUGCUCAAUACAACAUGGUGGAUAACGGCUCUGGACAAACACAGAUUUGGAGAGUAGAGUGUGGAAAUAAAAUCGAAACCAAAGUCCCUGUAGACCCAGAGACAUACGGACAGUUCUAUGGAGGCGACUGCUACAUCAUCUUAUAUACCUACACCAGGGGACAAAUUAUCUACACUUGGCAGGGUUCCAGCAGCACGAUCGAUGAGCUGGCAGCAUCUGCCUUUCUUACUGUUGAACUGGACCGUUCGCUGGGUGGAAAUGCUGUUCAGGUCCGAGUGACUCAAGGAAAGGAGCCGCCACAUUUGUUGAGUGUUUUCAAAAACAAGCCUCUGAUUGUGUAUAAGAACGGCACCUCUAGACAGGGAGGACAGACACCCGAACCUCCAACUCGCCUCUUUCAAGUGCGCAAGAACCUCGGCACCAUUACACGCAUAUACGAGGUCGACGCGACAGCAUCAAGUUUGAACACCAACGAUACCUACCUGCUGAAGUUACCUGAGGGCAAUGGGUACGUGUGGAAGGGAAAGGGUGCCAGUGUGGAAGAGGAACAAGGGGCGAAGUAUCUGAGCGAAAAACUGAAGUGCAAAACCAAACUAAUUACUGAAGGAAAUGAGCCAGCUGACUUCUGGAAAGCUUUGGGUGGAAAGGCUGAGUAUCAAACAUCAAAGAUGUUAGAAAGUGAAACUACAGUACAUCCUCCUCGACUGUUCGCCUGCUCCAACAAAACCGGACGGUUCAUUAUUGAAGAAGUACCUGGUGAGUUUACCCAAGAUGAUCUGGCGGAAGAUGAUGUCAUGUUAUUGGAUGUCUGGGAUCAGGUGUUUGUGUGGAUUGGAAAGGAUGCAAAUGAGGUGGAGAGGACUGAGUCUGUUAAAUCUGCAAAGAUGUACAUUGAGACAGACCCAUCGGGACGGGACAAGGAAACGCCCCUGGUGGUGGUGAAGCAGGGGCACGAGCCCCCCACCUUCACUGGCUGGUUCCUGGGUUGGGACCCCUCACGAUGGGACAACGCUGUUGUGGCUGGAGUGAAAUCACUGCAGGUUAAAUGAGGACUGCGGUUAUGCAAAUCGCAAACUUCGGGAAGAUAAAACGGACUAUUGGCUACUGUGGCGUAAUGAGUGAAUGUGCUUGGGCUGUUUCAUUAGCAUUAUACAGAAGUUAUAUGGGAUAUAUUAAAAAAGAGAAAAAUUAGAUGGGAAUUAGAGAAAAGUUAUUAAAACGCAGCUUAAAAGCUUUAUGCUCACCAUGUUAAAAUUGCACUUGUUUACAUGUAUUUCUAAUGUUUAUGAAAGCUUGAAAAUGCAACACAAAUAGAGAAUUUUGUCUUUUUUUGUUUUUAUGGAGCACAAAAGCGCCCCCUAGCGGUAAACAGUGAAUUACAGUACCUGAAAAUAAAUCCUAGUGCAGGGGUCUCCAAUCUUUUUGUAAUGGGCUACCAUUAUACUUGUUUUUUUUACUUGCUGAUAUGUUUUAUCGUUGCUUAAAAUGUUAACAUCUAAUAUAUAAAAUAUGUAAUAAAUACAUUUUAAAAUUGAGGAUAUUAAUAGAAUGUGCUUUGGCGGGCAACUCGCAUUGGAAACCACUGUCUUUGAGACAUUGAUCAUUCAAUCCUACAUACAAUAAGAUGGAAUAGGCAUUGUUUACUGCAUUUAUCUUUGUUGGUGAUGUGUAGUAUUGCUGGUGUUUACCAAUAAAAACAUAAUUUAAACAGUGGAAUAA